AUGGUCGUUGGAGCUCGUCUUGGCAUUGUAGAGUAUGAUGUUGGUGGGGAGAUCAAGAUUUGGGUAAUGAAGGAUUAUGGCGCGGAGGAGUCUUGGGCUAAUGAGAUUUACAUUAACGGGGUCGACAUUAAUCAUAAUAUUGGUUCAGCGAGGAGAUUGCGCACUUAUUUUCACGAAACCUCGGAUUUUAGGGUUUUGUGGGUGAUGAGAAAUGGAGAGGUCUUGCUGGAGUACAAGAGGAGAGGUUUGAUUUGUUAUGAUCCUGGAAAUAGGACUUGGAGAGAUGUUUUGCCACAGGGAGGAGGAUUGUUUGUUAAUGGGUUCAAUGCAUUUGUUCAUGAUGGUAGCUUUUCCGAGAUUGAUUGUUGA